UUCAUCGUCUUCCUCAUCGUCGUAUCCCCAUUCUGCGUUUAUUUCUCGUUCUCUGCAUUUUAUUUUAUUUUCGUAAUUCGACAUUUUUCUUGUUCGUCGUUUAUCUUCUUUGCCCUCGGAAUUGCGUCUGAAAACAGCUGCAAGCAAAGCUUUUUCGCUGUUCUCUGGUCUGUCAUCAAUGGCGGAGCGUGUGAUCACUCGCGUCCACAGCCAGCGUGAGCGCUUGGACGGCACUCUUUCUGCUCAGAGAAACGAAGUCCUUUCCUUGCUCUCAAGGGUUGAAGCCAAGGGGAAGGGAAUUCUGCAACACCACCAGAUCAUUGCUGAGUUCGAGGCUUUGCCCGAAGAAACCCGGAAGAAGCUCGAAGGAAGCGCCUUCUUCGAAAUUCUUAGAUCCUCUCAGGAAGCAAUUGUGUUGCCGCCAUGGGUUGCUCUUGCAAUCAGGCCACGACCUGGCGUCUGGGAAUACAUAAGAGUGAAUCUCCAUGCCCUUGUCGUCGAGGAGCUUCUUGUUUCAGAGUAUCUUCACCUCAAGGAAGAGCUCGUCAAUGGAAGUGUCAAUGGCAGUUUCCCGCUCGAGCUCGACUUCGAGCCGUUCAACGCGUCUUUCCCUCGGCCGACCCUCUCCAAGUACAUCGGAGAUGGAGUCGAGUUCCUUAACCGACACCUCUCUGCAAAACUCUUCCAUGACAAGGAAAGCUUGCACCCGUUACUCCAAUUCCUCCGAGUCCAUUGCCGUAAGGGCAAGAACCUGAUGCUUAACGACAGAAUCCAAAACCUCAAGACUCUGCAACACGUUUUGAGGAAAGCCGAGGAGUAUCUGACGAAUCUCGCGCCAGAAACGUUGUACUCGGAUUUCGAGCACAAGUUUCAGGAGAUCGGAUUGGAGAGAGGAUGGGGAGACACAGCGGAACGUGUUCUUGAAAUGAUCCGUCUUCUUCUGGAUCUUCUCGAAGCUCCUGAUCCUUGCACUCUGGAGAAUUUUCUCGGGAAAAUCCCUAUGGUUUUCAACGUUGUGAUCCUCACUCCGCAUGGGUAUUUCGCUCAGGACAACGUUUUGGGUUAUCCCGACACCGGUGGUCAGGUUGUGUACAUUUUGGAUCAAGUUCGUGCUUUGGAAACCGAGAUGCUGCAACGUAUCAAACAGCAGGGACUGAACAUUACCCCGAAAAUCCUCAUUAUCACUCGGCUACUUCCCGAUGCGGUCGGAACGACGUGUGGUCAGCGUAUCGAGAAGGUUUACGGGACGGAAUACUCCGACAUUCUCCGUGUUCCAUUCAGAACAGAGAAGGGUAUAGUUCGCCAAUGGAUCUCAAGAUUCGAAGUCUGGCCUUAUCUCGAGACUUACACUGAGGAUGUUGCCCUCGAGAUCUCGAAAGAGUUGCAGGGGAAGCCUGAUCUUAUCAUCGGUAACUACAGCGAUGGAAACCUUGUUGCUUCAUUGCUGGCUCACAAGCUUGGUGUCACUCAGUGUACCAUUGCUCAUGCCCUCGAGAAGACGAAAUACCCGGAUUCAGAUAUCUACUGGAAGAAUCUCGACGAAAAGUACCAUUUCUCGUGCCAGUUCACGGCCGAUCUUUACGCCAUGAACCACACUGAUUUCAUCAUCACCAGUACUUUCCAAGAAAUCGCUGGAAGCAAGGACACCGUUGGUCAGUACGAGAGUCACACUGCUUUCACCCUUCCCGGGCUUUACCGUGUGGUUCACGGUAUCAACGUGUUCGAUCCGAAGUUCAACAUUGUAUCCCCUGGUGCUGAUAUGAGCAUUUACUUCCCUUACACUGAGGAGAAGCGAAGGUUGACCUCGUUCCACCCGGAAAUCGAAGAGCUUCUUUACAGUGAUGUCGAGAACGAGGAGCACUUGUGUGUCCUGAAGGACAAGAAGAAGCCAAUCCUCUUCACGAUGGCGAGGCUUGACCGUGUCAAGAACUUGUCUGGACUCGUCGAGUGGUACGGGAAGAACGCUCGCCUUCGGGAACUGGUCAACUUGGUUGUGGUUGGAGGGGAUAGGAGAAAGGAGUCAAAGGACAACGAAGAGAAGGCCGAGAUGAAGAAAAUGUACGAUCUCAUCGAGAAAUACGGAUUGAAUGGUCAGUUCAGGUGGAUCUCCUCUCAGAUGAACCGUAUCAGAAACGGUGAGCUUUACCGUUACAUCUGUGACACAAAGGGAGCUUUCGUGCAACCCGCACUGUACGAGGCUUUCGGGCUGACAGUUGUUGAGGCCAUGACCUGUGGGCUCCCGACUUUCGCCACUUGCAAUGGAGGUCCUGCCGAGAUCAUUGUCCAUGGGAAAUCGGGUUUCCACAUCGAUCCAUACCAUGGUGACCAAGCUGCCGAGAUUCUUGCAGAUUUCUUUGCCAAGUGCAAGGAGGAUCCUUCUCACUGGGACGAGAUCUCUCAUGGAGGGCUUCAGAGGAUCGAGGAGAAGUACACCUGGCAAAUCUAUUCACAGAGGCUUCUGACACUUACUGGAGUCUAUGGCUUCUGGAAACAUGUUUCCAACCUCGACCGCCUCGAAAGCCGCCGUUACCUCGAGAUGUUCUAUGCUCUGAAGUAUCGCCCGCUGGCUAAGGCUGUUCCUCUUGCACAAGAGGAGUGAAAGAGGGGACCAAACCCGCCACACCGAGAAGAGGUUUCCUUGAUGUUGAACAAUAAAAAAGAUUUGUGUCAUUUUUCAUGAUGUGAACGAGUCAUUGUAGAGGGCUUAUCAUGCAUAUGCCCUCAAGCUCCUUGUUGUUUUUCUGCUCUUUGCUCUUGUUUUGUGGCGUCUCUUAUGUUCCUUCCUCCGGCUUUUGCUUGGACUCUCUGGCUAUUUGAGGGCUUUUCUCUUGCAUUUUUCAGUAAAGUUUGAGAUUUCUACUUUCUUCAA